AUGAUGACCGUUCGAGCUGUCAACACCUGCUAUCUCCUUCGCUCCGGUUCUCCGCCGCCGCUCUCCUCUUUCUGUUGCCGCUUCAACCAUUUCAGUAGCUUGGGCGUGUCCCGCGGCUAUGGAUUGCAGUUACGGUUGCGGUUCCCGGCACUUCGAUGCGAGCUGGUGAACUUUGGUCAUGGAGGCGUUCGAAGUUGCUGCUUCCACAGUCUCCUUGAAAGCGCCAUGGCAGAGCUCGCCUCCUGUGGCAGACGCAGGAGAGUUCCAGCUGUUGCGGUGAAAUUGACAAGCAGUGGAGAGCUUCUGGAUGAUAAACCUGGAAGCCAAACGCUGGUGGAGGGAUUGCUGCUGGAGUUCAAGAAGGAUUCGGAUAGGUUACUCCUGGCAGUGGCACAGAAACCAGACGGCAAGAAGAAUUGGAUGGUGUACGAUCAGAAUGGAGUUACUUCUUCCAUUAGACCCCAGCAGAUUACGUACAUUGUCCCUGGGGUUGAAAAGUUUGAUCAAACAGAAAUCUCUAGCUUUAUUCAGAAAGCUGAAGAUAACUUGGAUCCAUCACUUCUUGAGUUUGCUUGGGUUGAGCUUCUUGAAAAUAAUAAGUCCGUGACAGCAGAAGAACUAGCCGAGAUGAUUUUUGGUAGUGCGGAGCCCCUUGAGAGUUACUGUGCACAUCUUUUGCUAACAAGAGAUAACUUGUACUUUACUGUACGGGAGAAUAAAGGCUCUCGUUCUGUUUAUGUACCUCGAACCACUGAACAGGUAGAUGAAUUUAUGAGAAAGAACCUUGCAAAGGAAGCAGCUGACCGAGAACUGAACGAGUUUCUACAACUGUUGAAAUCUGCUAAAGCAAUGCCUUCACAUGCAAAACCUCCGAAAUCUUCAUGGAUGAUCGAAGAGAAAUUCCAAUCCAAGAUUCAGUCUAUUGAAGCUUAUGCUAUUGACGAAUUUACAAGUGAGGACCAAAAGAAAACUGCAGGGGAGAUCCUCAAGGCAAUGGGAAUGACUAAAACAUCAUCCUCUGCUGUAAAUCUCCUCAUAGCAAUUGGCUAUUUUCCUGUCCAUGUCAAUCUUGAUCUGUUGAAGUUGAACAUUCGUACUGAUCAUUCGGAGGAGAUGAAUUUGGCUGCUGAAAACAUGUUGUCAGAGUGUCCUGACCCAGACCAUUUUGAGAGACAGGAUCUUACUCACCUAAAGGUUUAUGCCAUCGACGUUGAUGAGGCUGAUGAGCUUGAUGAUGCUCUAAGUGCAACAAAGUUACAGGAUGGCCGUAUCAGAGUCUGGAUACAUGUUGCAGAUGCCACUCGAUAUGUACAGCCUGGAAGUUUUCUGGACAGGGAAGCAAUGAGAAGGGCAACUUCUGUUUUCUUGCCCACUGCUACAUAUCCUAUGUUUCCAGAGAAGCUUGCCAUGCAGGGAAUGAGUCUGAAACAAGGAGAGAUUUGCAAUGCUGUUACAGUAUCAGUAGUUCUGAACCCUGAUGGCUGCAUUGCUGAAUACUCUGUGGAUAACUCAAUCAUCAAACCGACAUACAUGCUGACUUAUGAAAGUGCGUCAGAGCUACUUACUUUGAAUCUGGAAGAGGAAGUCGAAUUAAGAAUCCUUUCCGAGGCUGCAGCUCUGCGCCUUCGUUGGCGUCGUCAGCAGGGGGCAGUGGACACACAGAAUAUAGAAACUCGAAUUAAAGUGGUGAAUCCUGAUGAUCCAGAGCCGUCGAUCAACCUCUAUGUUGAGAACCAGGCUGAUCAUGCAAUGCGGCUUGUAACUGAGAUGAUGGUACUAUGUGGUGAAGUUAUAGCGACUUUUGGAUCUCAGAACAACAUACCUUUGCCGUACAGAGGACAGCCUCAAUCGAACAUUGACGUGUCUGCAUUUGCUCAUCUUCCUGAGGGACCUGUUAGGACUGCUGCUAUCAUUAAAAUUCUGCGUGCAGCUGAGAUAGACUUCAGGAAGCCUAUACGCCAUGGGAUUUUGGGGCUUCCUGGAUAUGUUCAGUUUACUUCUCCCAUUCGCAGAUACCUUGACCUGCUUGCGCACUAUCAGGUGAAAGCAUUUCUGAGAGGAGAUUCUCCUCCUUUCUCAGCCGGUCAGCUGGAAGGAGCAGCAGCCUCGGUAAAUAUGCAGACUCGCCUGAUACGAAAGCUCAGCAAUACGAGUUUACGCUAUUGGAUAAUAGAAUAUCUGAGGAGACAACCAAAGCAGAGAAGAUACCGCGCUCUGAUUCUUAGAUUCAUCAAAGAUCGCGUAGCAGCCUUGCUACUAGUAGAUGUUGGAUUUCAAGCAUCGGCAUGGGUAUCCAAUGGAUCAGGGAUCGGAGACGAGGUGCGAGUUAAGGUGGAGGAAGCGCGUCCACGGGAGGAUUAUAUUUCUCUAAAGGAGGUCUUGUGA